GAUGGAACAAGCAGCCAGAAUUCAGAAACUCCUCUCAAAUACACAGUUCUCAACCCAACGCCUGGCACCAUGGCCUGCUGCUCUACUAGCUUCUGUGGCUUUCCCACUUGCUCCACUGGUGGCACCUGCGGUUCUAGCUGCUGUGAACCCAGCUGUUGUCAGACUAGCUGCUGCCAGCCCAGCUGUGGCACUGGCUUCGGCCAACAGGGUGGCAGUGGAGGCGUGAGCUGCCGCACCAGAUGGUGCCGCCCUGACUGCCGCGUGGAGGGCACCAGCCUGCCCCCUUGCUGUGUGGUGAGCUGCACACCCCCAACCUGCUGCCAGCUGCACCAUGCCCAGGCCUCCUGCUGCCGCCCAGCCUACUGCGGACAGUCCUGCUGCCGCCCAGCCUGCUGCUGCUACUGCUGCCAGCCCAGCUGCUCUGAGCCCAGCUGUUGAAAACCUUCUGGCAAGAAUCUUAUGAGGAUGACACUUCAAAAUGAAGCAACUGGAACCCUAAAAAUCUUCUGAAUUUCAGUAUUGAUAACUCAGCUAUUGUCACAGCUACAUAGUUUCCCAGGAGGUAAAUUCAUUUGCAGUGGAAGAGCUACUAUCUUUGUUGGCUUGAACAUGGACAAAAGGCCUACAAUGUGGAGAAGGACAUAUAAUACAGUACUACAAAGAUUACCAGACCUAUUCCAAUAGCCUAUUGGUAUUUGUACUUAAUAAAAAGUAUUUGGUUUCUUCCAUGGUAAAAAGUUAUUGUCAAUACUUUCUUUUUUUUGGAAUUUGUUAAUAAUAUUAGGUAU